AUGUUCCCUAGCAAACUCUUCCCUGCCGCAUCCAGAGCCAUGUCAACACUGACUCGUGUCCACACCACUGGCGCACCUGCUGCCAUUGGACCUUAUGCUCAAGCUAUCAAGGUAAACGGCAUGGUAUAUACUUCUGGAUCUCUUCCCGUCGUCCCUGAAUCAGGCAAUGUCAUUGAGGGAGGCAUCACUGAACAAACACACCAAAGCUUAUCCAACAUGGAAGCUGUUCUCAAAGAAUCUGGAUCUGGAUUAGACAAGGUCGUCAAGACUACUGUCUUUUUGAAGGACAUGAAUGAUUUCGUCGCCAUGAACGAUGUCUACGCCAAAUUUUUCGACAAGCAUCAACCUGCUCGUAGUGCUGUCCAAGUUGCUCGUCUUCCCAAGGAUGUUGCUGUCGAAAUUGAAUGCGUUGCAGUUACUGAAUAA